CCUCAGUACCACGCGCUUUUACGCAUCACCGCGCAUGUCCGCAUUUGGAAGAGCGCGUAACAGCGAAACAGAUCAUCACAUCACAGCAGAAUCAGAUCCUCUGCCGACACUAUGUCAUCAGCAUCUCCGGACACUUAAAGGCUGUAAAUAUUGGAAAGAAAUCAUCUCUCUGCUUCUUCAACUUCAUCCAGCACAGCAGCAGACAGUCUUCAAGUCAGAAAUGAGCCAAAUGAAGCUGCCCAAAACUGGACUCGUCCUCUGGAUGUGUGUAAUGAACAGGGUCCUGGACACAGCAGCAGCAGCAUCAGCAGCAUCAGCAGCACUGUCAAUCACCCAAUGUGUGAUCAUGCAGUACACCAGCAUCACCUGCUACUGGGAAACAACCGACCACCACCUGAACAUCAGCAGCUACACACUUCAGAUUAACAAAACCUCUUGUGAAAGUAAACACAGCUUCAUCCCAGUGGGUUCCUGUAAUACCAGUGGCUCUGACUGCUCCGUUCAGGCCAUCAAAUCAGCAUUACACUGUUUCUGUGCAGAUGUGCUGGCGUCCACACACACUGGAUCCAUACGCUCACCGCUGUACUUCUUCAGUGGGGUCAAUGCAGUGAAACUUCCUCCUCCACAGAUAAAAGAUCUCAGGCCAUCAGCGAGAAGGUCUGGGUGUUUGCAGGUGAUCUGGAGAAUGGCUGAGAGCUUUCCCAAGAAUGAGAAAGUCUACAUACUGCUCCAAAUGGAGUACACGACACACAACCAGACCCGAUCCCAGACUAUACAAGCGUUUUCCAAUGAGACAUUGGAGCUGUGUGACCUUCACCCAGGAUCCAAGUAUACAGUGAGACUGAGGGCUCAGGACAGUCGAGCACACGCUCACUGGAGCUCGUGGAACUCUACAGACACAACCACAGCGGAGAAAGCACCGUCUGCAGCUCCUCGGCUCUGGAGACUCAUCCAACCUGCAGAAGAAGCUGGAAAGAGACGCCUCACCCUGCUCUGGAAGCCUGUGUCCUGGCCUGAGGUCAAUGGUGUUGUGCUCAGUUACUCUGCGUCCUGUCACAGUAAUCUGGGUUCAUCACAGUGGACCUGCGGCGCUGUAAACGCAUCCAGACGCUCCUGCGUCCUCACUGUCUCUGACGAUACCUGUCACUGCAGCCUGACGGCAACAAACUCUGCCGGGACGUCACCUCCAGCUCACAUCUCCAUACCUGCACAUACACAUGCAGAAGAACUCCCACCUGCUCAGAUUUUAAGCGUCACCCCAUUGGACAACACUCAGAUAAAGGUGGAAUGGACAGCUGCACUGAACCAAUCAGAGAGCGGCUUUGUGGUGCAAUGGACUUCUGUGCCUUACAUUAAACCAACUAGUCUGCACUGGGAACAUAUGAAUGAAAAUGCAAGAAGUUUUAUUCUCACAGGUCUUCUGCCAGAAGUCCCAUAUAAACUGUCGGUCGUGAGUCUGUAUGGGCAACAGACAGGAAGUGGCAUGUCAGUCAUUGCUUUCACACGGGAAGGAGUGCCCUCUGUCGGCCCAGAUAUGACAGUGCUGAAGACGAGCAGCAGCGGUGUUGUUCUGAAAUGGGACCCUGUUCCUUUAGAGAAACUUCAUGGCUUCAUCCAGAACUAUACUGUACUAUACAGCAUAAAUGGCAAAGACAAAAGUGUGAAGGUAGACGCUCAUGUUGAACAGAUAACUCUUAGUGAACUGACAGAAGGAACCUAUAAAAUCUGCGUAAUGGCUCAUACUGCAGUAGGGGGCGCCACUGGGCCCUGUCAGAUGGUGCUUGUGGGGCUUGAUGAUGUUCAAGUGAUUCCCAUACUGCUGUGUGCACUUCUGCUGUGCUUUCUGAUUCUGAUCAUCCCAGUUUGCUUGAGGGUGAGGAUCAAACAGUGUCUGUGCCCGACUGUACCAGACCCUUCAAAAAGCAGCCUGUCCGUCUGGUCCAAAACUAAACUGUGUCAGCAUAAGCUACCAUCCUCGUCCACCAUGAGCUCCAUCAUCUCUGUGGGUCAGACUACAAUCUAUCAGGAUUGUGGUGAGAUAGACUAUGUCCCUGUCCAGGUGCUCACCUACCACACUCCUCAUGCCAGCAAUGAGCCUGAAGCCAUGACCUACAACAGCACUGCUGUAACACACCAGGACUCCAAACUCACACCAGCUCAAGCUUUCCCCACACAUUUCCUCAUCCAGAGCUACACCAAACCAGACCAAGUCAUUCCUGCUGGAUAUAAAGAAGAUCCCCAGCCCUCGUCUGACGAUCUCUUGUUUGAGUCCCUCUUCUCCUGCAAAAGUAAUCAAGCUGAUUUAUGCGGCUACAUCCACGUGUCCCAGAGCUAUGCGCCGGUCAUUAUGACCGUAAAUGCAUACAGGACUCUUGACCCGGAGGUUUUACCGGAGGACACCAGCACCACUAUGGUUCAUUGCAGCGUAAAUAACGAGUCAUAAAUCACUGGGGUUUCAGUGUCCCACUCUCUCCAGCCCACCAAAACAUGAGCCCUCGUAUCAACCACCAUCUCUGUGUGCUUUCUGAUUGACAGAUAGCUUGUGCAGGGAUAGCUGGAACGGCAUAAGGCUGGUACAUAAAGCUGGGUGCAAUUAAAAUCAUAAACUUUUGUACUCUGUAAACUGUGUCCAGUGUAGACACCCGCAGUUAAUUAUAAUAGUUGCACAUGAUUUACAAUAGUUUCAUGGGCAGCUUUAAGAGAUUGCAUCCAAUUGCAUCCGCUAGGUCAAGGGCACCGCAUGAGGACUGCUAGUCAUUUCCACAUGUGACACCUCUUUUACAAAACCACUCUGGUCUUGAGUCAAAUGUGCAUUAAACACUGAUACCCAGUUGCCAUUCGUUGUAUGGAAACUUGGCCAAUAUUUGCUAUUCCUGAGAUAAAACAGUGCCAUUUUACUGGUGACAUAAUAUAGCUUUUCUCAUUUUUUUUAUUCGCAAAUGGUGCUUGAAAAAUACAAGUAUCCAGAUUAUGUUACUUUCGUAUUGUGAUAUUUGGUUUAAUAUUACAUUUUUUUUUUACAUAAUGUCAUCUUAAACCCUCCCAUUUCUGUUGACACAAUAAAGGACAAACAGCCCCAGACAGGACAACAUGUUCCCCUGGUUACAUCAUGGACACAGCUUGAAAUUAUACAGACCUGCUAAAGAACUGGUGUUUUUCAGUGUUUUUUAUUUUAUUUUUUUAUUUCUGAUGUAGCACUGCUGCUUGCGUUAUACCUGUCAUCUCCUGCUUUCUGCUCUGUCCCAGUUUCCUCUGUUGGCCUUUUUGGAUAUCAGACAAAACUAAAUUCUAACUGGGUUUGGAUAUCAGACAGAACAACAUUUUUACUGGUUUUGAAUAUCGGACUACAGAUUCCAGACAAAACUGGAACCUUUCUUGAAAUGUUAGAUCCAGUCUUUUUACAAGAUCCCAUCAGAAGACAUCUAUUUUGUCUGCUGAAAUGACCACAUUUGUGUUGUCAGCGUACAUAAGAAUGUAAGCUAUUUUAGUCUGUGAAUCAGACAGACUGGUAACCUGGAAAGCUGUGAAAGACAAAGGCAUUCCAAAAUAAUGUCAAAUAAUGUUUAUUUUUGUGGACUGUAUCUGAAGAUAAACCAGAUUCUGUGGAAAAGGAAAGGACAGUGAGAGGGACACUCAACAUCGGGAACAUUUAGUUGGGAACGCUGAGACUUUGGGCCAGAGUUCACCACCGCUGGUCCGUCUUUCCUGUGCCUGGAAUUCCCGAUAAAGUCCCUCUUUGUUUGGACAGAGACGGGCCAGGGCAGUGUCACACAUACAUCCGGCUCCAGAGAGUUGAUCUUUGGUUACAGGAGUGCAGAUCGGCCGUGUGCCAGAGCUGGUGCAGCAAUAUUUAUUGUGGAUGAAAUGUGCUAUUGUUGACAAUAGAUGGAUAUUCACACUGACCUGCCAGAGCCCUGCGGACCGUUAACAUACUUCUUGCAUUCCACUAUUCCAUUGGGAAUGUUAGCCUAUGAAUAUGGCUCAAAAAAGGAAUGGAUUAAUGCUUAGCAAGGUAUCUGUCAUUCCUGUAGUGAUGCUGAGGAACUCAAGGCUCUGUAUGUAUAUAUUCUGACGAAGCACGUUAUUGUUUGUGCAAUAAAAUAAACAGAAAAUCA